GUGUGGUAUGGCCUGGCUUUACGGUUUAGAGGGAGGGUUUCACGGCAGGCGUUGACACGUUCCUACCAUCCACCCUGCUACCGUGGUAUGAAUUGCGAAGAUUAUGAUACCAGAACGCAGAUCUUCACCGGAGGACCCGGCUCCAGAGAGUCGGUUGUGUUCUAAUUCGUACGAAUGGCCCGCUGCCGUUGGGGAAACAACCGGCGCUUCUGUCGCUUAUCCAAGGCGCUCCAGAUAGAGGUAGCAAUUCUGAAACACGACACAAAAGCGACGAUAGCUUACACUACACGGCUGACUGGCAAAACUCGAAAAGGCGAUAUCUCCGGGGUCACGAGACGUUGAGAUAGGGAGAGACAGGCGAUCCCGAAAAUAAGUGUUGAUUAUAAACCAGAGAUAUCAAGGAUUCCAUGAUUUUGAACACCUUCAAAGCUUCCCCGCGGUCUAGCGAAUCCAUCGGCUUGUUAAUGGCACAGGGGGCUCUGUGUUCUGUCCGUUUGAGGCAGAUAUUCUGGGGAGCAGGUUCAAGACAUGCCGUCUUUCUCGGUUUUCAGUAUAAUACUGUCUUGCUUGUCAAGUUCCCUAUGUUACAACCCAAGCUUUGCACGGCCCGCUACCCAGGUGUAAGACUAGGGGUGCAUGCGGGACAAAAUCCUUCAGGCUGGAGCUCGAGUUCCUAUUGGUCCGUGUUUUCCAGCUCGACCCGUGGUAGGCCAGGGUUGAGAUGUACUAAAAGCCUAAUUGGACACAAUCGUUCAACCACCCACUUUGCCCUACUAACGGGUACUAACACCUGUAUCAUCGUACCAUUCAUCAGUGUGGUAGUAAGCCCAGACAACCCAGAACAGAAUAUAGAUGGCCCGGACCAAUACAGCACGAUGGAGAAAGACCAAAUAAACUUAUUGAGUAAGCAACAAAGACAAGCUAGGAUUGGAGGUCUGUUUCGAUAUGUUUCAUGGUCGCGUGUAUUCAGAUGUGGCGGCUGUUUCGACGCCAUACGCCAUCGGCAGUGAUCCGAAGAGAAUCGUGAAGAGGUGGAUGGGGUCCAGAAAAAGCUACGGGAACAGGUGGUCUCUGCUUGUUUCUCGGCUUGUAGGCUUGUAUUAAAGGGAUGGAGAUAAAACAAACGCUGGCCUAGGUGUCUGUCCAGUCGGGGUCCGGAUGCGUUUCGUUCCUACCUACAUAUGAUUGCCGAGAGGGAUGACCUGCAUAGAAGCGUGCGAAGAUUUCUUCGACCUAUUUCUGCAUUCGAUAGGCUUAAUAAGGCAGAGUAGGGCUAGCGACCACGGGAGAGGUACGUAGAAACUACCUAGUAAAGCAGGAUUUGCACAUGUAGAUAUUGGAUGGAUGUAUUGAUCAACUAGACACACCCGUCGGCACGUAAUAAUCUUACACAACAGGGUUCCCACGUUUUUCUACCUUCUCGAUGCAUGUCGCAGAUACAAUGUCUUCUAUCAGUCUCUUUCCGGAGGCGUGUUACGAAACGACGCCAUUAAUUUGUAAGACUGCACUUUCCUGGAACCUUCCUCACUCGGCAUCUUCGACGUUUGGGUGCGGAGUUUGCGGGAUCGGACGACUAGCAAGUGCAGUCGGCAUGCAGACAUACUUAGCAACAUCGAUUUGAAUAACUUGGACAGCAGUUGCCCGCAGCAAACUGUAUAGCCUUGAGGUAUGUUUAGAAGUCGCGGAGUAGGUAGCGAACCGUUCUUACCC